GAGGACCACAAUAAGCUUCGAGCUAGCGUCGACAAUGUACGUACAUAUUACCUAAAAAAGAGAUACUCGGUCUUGGCGUGCAUUAUAGUCGGGGAAAGUCCGGUUUAACUUCUUACAAGUAUUACAAGUUUACAAGUACCUAAUUCUAAUCCCUGAGCUGGCAGCUUAAACUCGCCGUUCUUCUCCACGUAGACGUCAUUCAUUCGUCAAUACUAAUUGCAUCAAGACUAAAUGUUUCGAGAGCUACAUCUACUACCAAUGUAUUACAACUCAUUAUCAUUCCCACCAGGAACAAGCAGGAGAAGAAAGAAAAUCAUCCAUAGGAGCAUGCUCAAUUUGCUCAAGGUCAGCUAGCGAUAAUGUUGUCCUCUUGCUUUGGUUUACGAAAGAAGAGCACUGACCCCGAGCGAGAACCACUGCUUCCUCAAUAUGAGCAGGACACUCACCUACAGCGGGAGCUGUAUCGGAAGCUCCAAAGCUACCAGAUGCUAAGGGCUCUGGCCAAAGGAUACAUGCCAACCACCGAACAAAUCAUUAUCAACUUACGUACUCUUCUAGCAAGCGACGUAUUGAAUCCCGAAAACCCAGACCUGUCCGAUAGUGGUCGCCGUUUGAUACGUCUCACCAAGCUAUGGCUACAGCAAUUCAUUACCCUACUACAGCAUAAAAACGGCAAGGAUCAACUUCAAGACCUUAUCUGGUUCUUAACAAAAAGCCGAAUAUCAGUCGAUGUGGACGAUCUCAGCGCAAGGGCCAAGAAAACCAAGGCCAAGGCCGAUAUUGCUGCUGCGUACCAAAGUGUGCGCACCGUCGGCUCGCUACUGCUCACAAACCCCGAUUUUAGAACAUUCCUUAGUGAUCUCAACAUAGUCGUUCGCGAGGUUUUCAGAGAUUCGGCCUUUGCCUUGAGUAGUGCUGCCAAAGAAGUAGGCGAGCAGUUGGAGCCAUCACAUGAAGAACAGCGAAGUAUAGCCGAGUCAGGAACUACUAGUGAUGGCCAGCCACCGACAGCCCAAGGUUUAGAGGAUGAAUUCGAAGAUGUCGGCAAGGUUGUUGCGAGCCACGGUGCCGAGGUCGCAAGCGCUACGGUCGAAAGUGCUAAAGAUAAGCUUUCUGGCGAUGAGGGCCAGGCGCUUUUAAAGCGGUUGCAGCAAGUAGUCCUUAACCUUCGCAAGCGCAAGGACUAUUCGGACUCCGUAUCGACACUCUCACUGCUCAUAAAACGCUACGCCAUAGUCUAUUCGCGAGCCGCUGAGGAGCUAAUGGAAAUCACCCAGGAUGAUGUUCAGGAAAACCGGGAGACAGAUCGUGCUCUCACCAAUCUUUGGGAGUUUGUUAAGAGCUUCGGUGACAAGAAUGAAUGGGAGAAGUCUGAAGAGCUUCUGAAGAAGGUUAUGAGCCAUAAGGACAGCGAUCCCGAGUUUGAGAAUUUACUACAGGACCUCGGUGACAGCUUGCAGAAGCUCCUUAUGGACCCGGAAUUCUUCUCCAAUGCGGAUGAAAAGCUCCGGGAGCUAAGAGAAAAGAGCAAGAAUGUCGGAUCGGAGAGUAGCUUGAAACAGGAUGUCGAUGAUCUCCUACAGCAGCUAUCUGUUACGUUCAAAAGUGUGGCAAAGGACGAAGAUAUCCAUAAUCUGACAACAACCACGCUCCGUAUCUUUGGUGUCCUUUCUCCUACCAACUCGACGACGAACACUGAGUUGAUCCAUGACGCGCUGAAUGUAUUCAUUCCACGUCUUAUCAGUACCGUUCAGUAUAUACCAAUCCCACGUCUCGAAGUCAGCACACCAACAAUCGACCUUCUACUAGAAAACCUCAUUAUCGAACCCGGUAAUACCGUGAACGAAACAUCAUUCCUUCCGUUCAGACUAAAGAUCGAGAAUUAUAAUGACGUUGAGAUCCGUAAAACCCGCUUCCGGACAAAUGCUAGCAUGAAGAAUCUCGUGCUCAUCAAGAUCGACGGCCUUUCAGCACGUGCGGAUGAGGUCGGCUUCUGGUUGCGCGUCCAUAGCGGGUUAUUCCGUCUAGCCGAUGAGGGCAUCGCAAGCUUCGCGCUAGAUGAGCGCGGCAUUGACAUCCACCUCGAAGUCGAGAUAUGCCGCGAGCGCUUGGAACAGAUCGUAACACUACGCAGGGUGCGGGUAAAAGUACACAAGUUAAACUACAAGCUCCGGAAGAGCAAGUUCUCCUGGCUAAGCUGGCUCAUUAAGCCAGUGCUUCGUCCCAUCCUCAAGGCGACAAUGGAAGCCCAGCUCGCUUCUGCCAUUAGCGAUUCGCUGCAUGCUGCGAACCGCGAGCUGUUGUUUGCUCGGGAGCGUUUGCGCGCGACACGGAUCGCCGAUCCGAAGGAUCUGUGGACUUUCAUCAGGGCCGUUGCAGCUAGGUUGGUGCCUGAGGAAGACCCCGAUCUGUACACGAGAGUGGGUGUAGAACAGCCGGGCCGUGGUGUCUUUAAGGGGGUCUAUACCCCGGGUAGCGUCGUUAAGAUAUGGAAUGAAGAGGCAUCUCGAGCUGGCGAUCGCAUUGAGCAGUUUGAGGCGGGCGGCUGGCGGAACGACGUAUUUGAUACGCACGUGCGUAAUCUCACUUGAGCUUGAUUAUCUUUGGCAAUAGGUUAGGUUAGGUAUUUUAUUGGGAUAGCAGGAUGGCGUUAUUAGGGUUGGUCAAGCGUACAUGAGGACAUUUCUUCACGGGACUAUUGUUUUGAAAUUUCAGCCUAUGGCCUACAUUAUAAAUGACGUAUCUGGCAGCGUUAUCUUACUUAGGUAUUUAAGAAUAACAUCGCAAGAUGAACGCAUAAAAUUGGACACAGAGUAUAGGGUUUGUGUUCAAGCGUCGUGUUCGAUUUAUAUUCUAAAUUGACUUCACUAUCAUGAUUUCAAUCUUGAAGAAGAAUUAUGCAGAGAUAUA